AUGCUGUGCCGCGUCAAGUCGGCCUCGCUGUGCCAUUCGGACAUCAGCAUUAUCUCGGGCGCCUUUGGCGGCCCGGGUAUCUUCCCGCAGAUCAUCGGCCAUGAAGCCGUCGCGGUGGUGGAAGAACUUGGACCGGACGCCGCGAAAUGGGGAGAAGGGUUCCAAGUGGGCGAUCUGGUCGGCGCACCCUUGUGGCACAACAUGUGUCUGGAAUGCACCGACUGUCGCAAAGCCGGCCCACAGUUCUGUCCUAAGAUGCAGGUCAAGGGGAUGAAUUGUCCGGGAUACUUCUCCGAGUAUACCUGCGUGGACGCCGCGUCGGCCGUGGUGAUCUCUCGAGGCGCGAGCUCGAGCCCAAGCCAGCUCCCUUUGUCUCCGCGACGGCUUGCACCUCUAUUUUGCGCGGGCAUCACGGUCUGGGAUGCUCUGGAGCAGGCGCACCUGCGAAUGGGAGAAACGGUCGCUGUAGUCGGCGCCGGCGGCCUGGGCCAGCUGGCGGUGCAGUAUGCUGCCGCGCUGGGAGCCAGGGUCAUUGCCCUCGAUGUCAGAGACGAACAGCUCGAGUCGGUCAAGGGCGAGUAUGGGGCACAGAGCGUCAUCAACACGAGCGGGAUCGCGCCUGAAGCUCUGAGCCAACGAGUCCUGAACGCCAACAACGGCGAGCUGGUGGACGUGGCCAUCGUCACUUCAGGCGUCGUUCCCGCCUACAACACCGCGCUCGCCAUUGUCCGAUCCUACGGACGAGUGAUAGCCGUCGGCCUACCACACUCUGAGAUACCCAUCAGCGCCCAACUGCUUACGGCGCGAUCACUCAGCUUGAUCGGAUCCCACGUCCCCGGCCAGGCCUCGUCGAGGAAAUGCCUCGACUUCACGCUGCGAAAGCACAUUACGCCGCUGGUCAACGAGAGACGGUUCCAGCUGGAGGACUUGAAUGAGAUGAUCGAUCUGAUGAAGGCUGGGAAGGUGGAAGCUGGGCGUAUGGUGGUGGACUUUUUCUAA